AUGGACCCUCGCCGGAUGCCUCGAACUAUAACCGACCCGAAAAUCCGGCAAGUCGGGUUCUUCGCUCCCGUGGCCCCACCCGAUGUAUCAAUGUUGGGUCCGCCACGGCCGACCACUCCUUCCUCUCCGGUCUCGGGCAACUCCUUGUCCCCCGUCAUGAUCCCUCCUCCGCGACACCUCUCCUCGGACAACGUCCUACUCUCCCCCCACAUCGCCGUCGACUCCUUCCUCCCGGUUGGCAGCUAUAACGCUUCGGAAUUUUCAUCCUCUACUGCAACUGAGGACUUCUCUGAGGACAACUUCUCCAAAGACUCUGGCUGGGUCCUCAAUGAGAAUUCUGGUAAAGCCGCCGUGAAACCGAAUACCCAUGCCGCCAGUGGGUUGACCCCUGCCGUUUCGAAUGAAGGGCCACCUAUGGAGUUGCAGAAGCAGCAACCACCAGCUAGUUCAAUGCCGAAAAAGGAGCAAACGACAAAGGCUGAACGACGUGCUCUUCAGGAUGCUCAGCGAACCGCCAAAGCUGCUGCUAAUGCUGGUGGAAGUAAGAAGUCUAUUUCCGCUUCUGCAGUGGUCAAUUCAGCCAACGCAAAUACAAAAAAGGUUGCAAAGGCUCCUCCCCAAAAGAAAGACAGCUCCUCAGUUGCAGCUUCUGAGAAAAGAGGUGGCGAUCGUCAAACAGAUAAAGAUAGGAAGAAAGAUGCCCCUCAUCCUCGUAUGCAGUUUGAUGAUGAGGACCGAGUUGAGAAGGCAAAGAAGCGGUCUGUGGUAAAACAAACUGAAUCCAGGAACAGAGUUGAACUAUUUAGACAUCUACCUCAAUAUGAACAUGGAACUCGGAUUCUUGACCUUGAAUCACAUUUCUUUCAGCUUGACACAGUUCAUCCUGCAAUUUACACGGUUGGGCUGAGGUUUUUGACUGGGGAUAUAUCUGGUGGCAAUGCCCGCUGUAUUGCAAUGCUUCGGGCAUUUCAAGAGUCAAUCGAAGAUUACUCUACUCCAGCAGAGAAAGAACUUACUAGGGACCUUCCUACAAAGAUAAAUGGUUACGUCUCAUUUCUGAUUCAAUGCAGGCCCCUUUCAAUUAGCAUGGGGAAUGCAAUUAGUUUUCUUAAACCCAAAAUUCCUGAAUUAUCUUCAACCAUGUCCGAGUCAGAAGCAAAAGCGAGUCUUCUCUCAGAUAUCGAUCGCUUCAUAAAUGAAAAGAUAAUUCUAGCAGAAAAAGUAAUCGUGAGGCUUGCUGUAACAAAAAUUAGGGAUGGUGAUGUUCUUCUCACACAUGGUUCAUCAUCUGUUGUAGAAAUGAUAUUCUUAUGUGCCCAAGAGCUUGGCAAACAGUUCCGAGUUGUGAUUGUGGAUUCACGUCCAAAGCUUGAAGGGAGGAUGUUACUUCGUAGGUUGGUGGGAAAGGGUAUUAGUUGUACAUACACUCAUCUAAAUGCCAUUUCUUAUAUAAUGCAUGAAGUAACACGAGUAUUUUUGGGUGCUUCAUCGGUGUUGUCUAAUGGAACGGUUUAUUCGAGGGUUGGCACUGCAUCUGUUGCUAUGGUUGCCCAUCAGUUCCGUGUUCCAGUCUUAGUAUGUUGUGAAUCAUAUAAGUUUCAUAAAAGGGUUCAACUUGAUUCAAUUUGCUUUAAUGAACUUGGUGACCCUGAUGCUAUUGCAAGGGUUUCUGGCAAGGAGGAUAUCAAUUAUUUGAAUGAUUGGGCAAGUAGCCAAAAUCUUCAACUUUUGAAUCUGACUUAUGACGCAACACCAUCGGACUACAUUUCAAUGAUCAUUACAGAAUAUGGCAUGAUCCCUCCAACAAGUGUUCCUGUUAUUGUUCAAGAGUACGGUGGAGAACAUUUAUUGAUUUAG